ACGUAGUGCCGAAGGAUAUUGGUGAUGCUAAAAGAUUUUGUGGAUUCAGCUGGAGACUGAAGGCCUCAUUUGAGAGCUGUUAAAUACCUAGAAACCACAGUCCAUUCUGGGUAUCCCAAAUGAAAACAGGUGGGGAGUAGAAGAGUAUUAGAGAGAAAUAGAAAAAAUGCUUGCUCGAUUCCUUCUCUUCUCUUACCAUCUGCUUAUGGCUAUGGUUUGACACAGGAUACUGGGACAGAUGGACUCUUGCUCUGAGCUGAUAUUGCUGGUCUUAUGUACCAGAAAACAGCUAAAUUAUAUUUAAACUAUAUUUUAUGUAAAAGAUCACACAUUACUCGUCUGCAACUCUACCUGUAUUUGCACUAUUAAGCAAGUUUUCUUGGUAGAAUUUGUACGUCAGUGUUUGCCUAGCCUCCAUCUGCAAGCUGAUUCCAGUACGGUUCUACAGGAUGAAGAGGAGAUUAUUGAGAUGAAGGAUGUAUUUUCAGUCAAACUAAAACGUCGUCGUUUUGUGGGACAGAAAAAAGGUGGUACUUUAUUGGGUAUCACUAUUUUUAAAUGCUUGCAUAAAGAAGAGAAUAAACUAACAGACUGUGCUGUCCAUUUAAACAACUUAAGUGAAGAUCACUGUAAUUCAUGGUUUAGACAUCUAAAGGAAAUUUUGAAUGGCUUUCAAAAUAGACCAAAAUCCUUAAAAGUAUUUGUUAAUCCAAGCAGCCACAAACGAGAAGCCACUCAUGUUUAUUAUGAAAAAGUUGCACCACUUUUUAAACUUGCUGACAUCAAAACUGAUGUCACAGUAACUGAAUAUGAAGGACAUGCUCUCUCGGUACUGAAAGAAUGUGAACUCCAGGCAUUUGAUGGGGUAGUUUGUGUCGGUGGAGAUGGAUCUGUCAGUGAAGUUGCUCAUGGUCUGCUACUUAAAGCCCAGAUAGAUGCUGGAAAAGGUACAGACUAUAUACCAGCGCCUGUCAGAGCAUCAGUCCCUCUUGGAGUAAUACCAGCAGGUACUACUAAUAUUUUGGCCCACACUCUGUAUGGUAUUAAACAUGCAGUGACUGCAACGCUGCACAUUGUAAUGGGUCAUAUUCAACCAGUAGAUGUCUGUACUUUCAGUACUCCAAGCAAGCUUUUGCGUUUUGGGUUCUCGGCUAUGUUUGGUUUUGGUGCAAGGACUCUAGCUUUGGCUGAAAAGCACCGUUGGAUGCCCUCCAAUCAGCGGAAGGAUUUUGCUUUUAUCAAAACACUGGCAGAUCUCAAGCCAGAGGAAUGUGAAUUAUCAUUUCUACCUCUACAAAUUCCACAGGAAGACUCUCAUGAAAAUGACAGAAAGAAGAAAGGGAAAAACAAAAAAAAAGGUAGCAAGGAUCAAUGGCAGAUAAUUCAGGGUCACUUCCUGAAUGUGAGCAUUAUGGCAAUCCCUUGUCUGUGUUCAAUGGCACCAAGAGGCUUGGCACCUAAUACGAGGUUGAACAAUGGAAGCAUGGCUCUUAUUGUUGUACAAAAUACUUCUCGAACUGAGUUUAUAAAACACCUGAAAAGAUAUGCCAGUGUAAAAAAUCAGUUCAAUUUUCCCUUUGUUGAGACCUACACAGUUCAAGAAGUAAAACUGCAACCAAGAUGUAUAAGUGGGCUUGAUGCCAAGGAAGAUACGUAUUUGAAUGCCACUUCUGCAGAAGGAAAUUACCCUUGGAAUAUAGAUGGGGACUUAAUGGAAGAAGCAUCAGAAGUUCAUGUUCGGGUGCAUCCUCAACUUAUUAAUCUCUAUGGAGUGAACACUGAUGACCUGGAGAGUUCCAAAGCAACAUGCAGUUGCAUAUAGAAGGGACACACUGCACAUUCUGUAUUAGAGCUCUUUUCUUAUCCGUAUGCACUUCUGUCUAAAGUCCCAGUUUUGAACUCAUUGAACUCAGUUGUAGCAAAAGGGAUGUUUAUAGUAUUUCUGGCUUUAAAUUUUUAUCAAGUUAUAUAUAUUUUUUUAUCAAGAUAUAUUUAAAGAAGCAUUAUUAGACUUAACAAGAAAAAACGAAAAGUGAUUAUAUGGGUUUCUUUUAUAAAUUUUGGGUUCUAAAAAUGCCCAUCAAAAUACAUGAAAACUUCCGUGAUUUUUCUCUUUAAAAUUGUUCAAGCUUCUGCAAUAAAUAUAAUAUGAGGUAUUUUUAAGGCUGCUGUUAUUCAUGUUGUCAGGUUACUCAGUUCAAAUAGAACUAGUGAGUGGAAAUACAGAAAUGCAGUCAAAAUGUGGAUUUCUGAUAAGGGAUUUCCAUUUCUAGGUAUCGCUUUUAAUGUUGCUUUAAUAUGUUUGCUUUCGAGUUUUUUUCUAGUCAAACAGUAAGGAAGAAAGGAUAUGCUGAUGAGUUACACAGCUUUUCUUUGGUGAAAGUUAUUUUAAAGACUACUCUUUGUACAAGAUAAAUAUUUAACAAUAUUUAAUGUAUACUGAAGGGAGAUAUUGGAGAACUGGAGGGAUAUUAAGCACAUUUUUUGUUGCUGAGAAUAAAGUUAUGAUAAAUGAGUUAUUUGGUAACUGAGUUAUUUUGGUAACUAUUUUUAUAUUUUGGUAAUAUUUUUAUAAGUGAUUUUUUAGGUAACUUUACUACAACUAUUUGAGAUGAAUGCAAAUUAAGACUGUUUCUGGAAACUGUUUUCCUUUGAGAUGAUGAAAAGUAGCAGCCUGGUGAGUUUGUCUGUCUGCAGGGCCACAGGGGUGAUGCAUGUAGUUGUGUUCACUUGUCUGUGAAUUGUUAAGAAAAAGGCUGAUACAUAAUGGUGUGAAAGCUGUGCUAUCUCAUGUCUGGAAGAAGUUGCUUGAAGUUAUUUGUUUGGAAAGAAGUUAAGUAUAAUGUGAAAUCCAAUUGUUUAAGGUUUUAUUAAAUCAGGGUGUAAGCCUUUACAUGGGAUCUGUAUUUUACUUGAUUUUAAAUCCUGUGAAAAAUUCUUACUGAUGAUAAGUAAGCUAGAUGAACACGUGGUGCUCCUGAAGUAUUGCAGAUGGUUAUUUGUGUUCUAAGAACAAGCUGUUACUUGCUGGAAAUCUCAUACAGUUCCUGUGGACAAACCUGGCUGGCAGUAAAGGCUGCAAUUGGACAAUAAAAUGCUUGUUUCAUAGGCAAUUGUUACAAGAACCUUGCAGCUACUGUUCUCUUCUCUGCACUGGAGUUAGUGACUACAGAGCAGGGUCAGCAUCCUUCAGAUUGAAUGAGGCCUCAGCAGGGCUGUAGCCCAACCUCCUGCUCCAAGUGGUCCAGCUAUGAGAUCAGAGCUGGUUGUUCAGGGCUUUCAUCCGGUCUGGUCUCAAAACCUCCAAGGGUGGUGAUGAUGGCACAAUCUCUUCGAGCCCCUGCUCCAAAGCCAAGCUGUCCUCAUGGGGAAGAAGAUGUUCAUGACGUCCGGGUGGAGCCUCCCAUUUUCAGUUGAUACCUGUUCUCCAAGUCACAGUGAGUAGUCUCCAAUUACGCUUCUAUAAUUGAUACUAUAUUGCAUCAAAUAUUUUAACAUUCAUGGCAAUUCAAACUAAACUUCGUAAAGCUGUCUGAGAAAAAUAUUCCAACUACAUGCAGUAGAUUUAACUGCUUUUAUUACACAAUUGAAAAAUUAACAAGAUUUGAAAACAAAA